AUGGUUAGAAGAAUUAGCACACAGCGAAUGAUCACUUUUAAGUAUGAGCAGGCUUUUUCAAUAAUUCACAUGCAAGUAAUCAACCGUAUUUGCACGAGAUUCCAUAAAGCCAAGCUUAUUUACGAGCUUUUAGUCAACAUGGCUAAAAAAUUUCAUCUUUCAACUUCAGACCUUUUUUUUCUUGGUCUAGUUUUAAAACGUUUGCAAGGCAUUCAAUCGAUGAAACUUAAGAAUUGCAUAGCAGUAUCAGCCUGGAUAAUCAAAAGCUUAACUAGUUCUCAUAGCUUUCAUUAUCUGGACAUUCUAAGAAAGAUGGUUAAAUGUAUGAAUUUGUCUAUUUUUCACUGACUGCUGAACUGUACUGUCCAUUUGAGAUUAAAUAUUUAUAGUUUGCCGGACAUCGAGAAUAUUGCUAAGGAUUAUGGAGUUUCUCUCAGUAGCAUUCGAAAAUUCGAGUUUGAUUUAAAUCAAUUCAUAAGAGACCUUGCUCAGAAAUUUGCAAGAAAAGCAAUGGAGGAGGCAUUUCAAUUUAGUUCUUUAAAAGUAUAA